GGUCGGCCAGGCGUCGGAGCGUUUCAAAACAUGACCAAGUUUGGUAUCUGAACGUGGAUGAAGCGAGGAGGAUAUUAUUUCUUCUCUGUUCAGUUUCAGGAUAGCGUCUAGCGUGGUUAUAUAUUUUUUUCUCUCCGGAACUCUUUCUCUGACUUUCUGGAAACGUUCGUCUAUAUGCAGUGCAGCGUGCUGAGGUGAACGUACAAUUUGUGGCAAGCAAUAUUCAAGGGAGUGUGGAGAAAAGACAAGGUAAGGAAGAACACGUUAGGGGAAGAUACGAGAGAAGAGAGAGCUCGCGACAUCCCCAGUCUCGCAGGCCACCCUCUCUCUCUUUCUCUCUCGCUCUCUUUCUCUCUCUCUCUUCUCUCUCUCGUCGCGGUCGAUACGGCUAGCGGGCGGGCGGGCAAGUCUCCGCGGUUUGUGUGACGCGGGCAUCAACCAAUCCCGUGCCUCCUAGCCCAGUGACGGUAAUUUAAUCGGUCAUAAUGAUUUGUCAAUCAAGCAGAAGCGUCGACCAAUGAGAAGGCGCCUGCGCCUCCUCAUCGUGGAUGAUAAUGGUUAGCGGGGAGCUCCGACUAUUCACAAUGCAUGAAUAAGGCAGGAGACGAACAGCUUGGAUUUUGCAAGUCUGAUCAGCAGUCUCUAUUGUGAAGUGUACACAUCGGCCGUGCUGACCGCUUGUGACUAUUUGUGUGUGUCUUACCGACUGGAAGUAGAUUAGGCAGAAUUCUAAUUCCGUGGACAGCUGAUUUUGUAUAGAGAAAGUGAUUGCUUCGGAACGCGUUUGCGUAUGCGGAUUUGAAAAAUAAAACCAUAGUAGAAACUAGUUUUUGUUUCGUGAGAGACGAAGGAUCUACAGUUCUCUCUGGUUCUAGUUAGUACUAUAUUAUUAUUGGUGAUUCCAGACUUUGGCUGAACUUUGUGUACUUUUCGUCGUGUCUUUUCCCCUCUUUCUCCUUGAUGAGAGCGCCGAAUGUAGUGUGUCGGCGCGGAUAGCGACAACAGUGGACUCUCCUUCCCGCCCCCAGUGGUCGCCCGUCACCAUAGCUGUGGAUUGCUACAGCAUGGCGGCACCUAGUGCCUCACUCUACCUGUCGCCUAGCGUGCCGUCCUCCCUCAACACCGGUCAGCCCAUGACCAACCACGGGAUGCACGUGCCCUCGGGCCAGCAGUACUCCCCCCAUCGGGACAUGCCGGAGAUGAAGUACAUCCCGCCCCAGCACCACCAGAACGGCCACAGUCACAACCCCCACCUGGGUCAGCCCCAACACAACCCCUGGCUCUCCCCCAGCCCGCACAGCGACCCCGGCCACUGGUCAAGCAUGGGCGGACAUCUACACCACCAGGACAUGAAGGUCAACCAGCUGAGCAGCAUGGACGGUCACGUAGGUACCUUGCACCACAGACCACAGUCCCACCACCAGAUGCAGGUAGCACAACACAACUGGCAGAUGCCGCCCCUACAGAACCUCUCCUCCCUACAGAACGCCCAGCACCCGAUGCACCAUCAGGGUUACGGCAUGAACAUGAACGGCAUGAUGUCCCCCACACACCAGAUGCACCACGUCCUGAGGGAGCCCGAGCACGACCUUGACCCCCACCCUCCCUCAGACGAAGACGCGCCGACCUCCGACGACCUGGAGGCGUUCGCCAAGCAGUUCAAGCAGAGGAGAAUCAAACUGGGGUUCACGCAGGCGGACGUGGGGCUCGCGCUGGGGACUCUCUACGGUAAUGUGUUUAGUCAGACCACCAUCUGCAGGUUCGAGGCGCUGCAGCUUAGCUUUAAGAACAUGUGCAAACUCAAACCGCUCCUCCAGAAGUGGCUGGAAGAAGCUGACUCGACCACCGGGUCCCCCACAAACAUCGACAAGAUCGCCGCCCAGGGCAGGAAGAGGAAGAAAAGGACGAGCAUCGAAGUGACCGUGAAGGGGGCGCUGGAGAGUCAUUUCAUGAAGUGCCCCAAACCCUCAGCGCCGGAGAUCACGCACCUCGCCGACCAACUCCAACUGGAGAAAGAGGUGGUCCGAGUGUGGUUCUGUAACAGAAGGCAGAAGGAAAAGAGGAUGACCCCUCCCGGAAACAUCGGGCCUAACGGCGAGAUCAUCAUGCCGGACGGUACAGAGGACGGGUCGUCUGUUCACGACGGGAGCCCACUCCACGACUCCUGCAGCCCCAUCCACAGCGGGGCGGCUGGCGGGGGUUCUCCGGGGAUGCCUACGUCGUACAGCGGCGCCUUGACCCCCCACUCCCUCAACAACCACUCGGUACUGUCCCCACUGUCUCAGGUCUCCUCCCUCCUAUCCCACUCUCUCGGCGGACACCCGCACCACGCCCAGCACCACCCCGUCUCUAACUCCCCGCCACCACCAGUGCCACACCACUACCAACUUCAGCAGCAUCACCAGCAACAACAACAACAGCAACAGCAGCAACAACAACAGCAACAGCAACAACAGCAGCAACAUCAGCCUCUGGUGCUCAAACACUCGCCCCCGCCGCACUGACUAGCGGCCGAGGAGUCGCCACAACAUCGCCAUCUUCACCACCACCAUCAUCAUCACCAUGGCUACGGCGACUCCUUUAGCAACAGCAGCAACAGCAACAACAACAACAGCAACAACAACAACAACAACAGCCACACGGACGAUUACAACCGCUCGGACGAGUACACUCACGCGGACGAUUACACCCACCCAGAGGACUAUUCUACAUACUCACAGCGCUGACAGACCCGUCUCGCUUACAUGUAAGUACAGCCAAAACAAUUAUCUCAUUUAAACAAAUAGCCAGCAAACAAACAAAACACACAGACAUACAUUAUGUACUGCCCAAAGAAUUCUGUCAUUGAAAAAUAUCACCCAACAAACAAACAAACAAACAAACAAACAAACAAACAAACAAACAAACAAACAAACAAACAAACCAACAAACAGUAAGAACAUCCUACACAGUUAUUGUGAUUUAACAGAAAAAACUCAACCAACAAACAAAACAUAAUCUACCAACGAACACAGAGUACAGCCUACACAAUUCUGUGAUUUAAAAGAAAAUAAUCGACAAACAAAACAUACCAA